AUGGCUUUCUUUAUGAAAACUAUGAUUAGCAACCAGGUCAAGAGCUUCGGAUUCGGUGGCGGGUCAGAAGAAAAAAAAGAAGAAGGAGGAACGUCAGAUCCCGCAGCAGCCCAAGGGAUGACUCGAGAGGAGUACGAGGAGUAUCAGAAGCAAAUGAUCGAGGAGAAGAUGGAGAGAGAUGCUGCAUUUACACAAAAAAAAGCAGAGAGGGCAUGCCUCAGAGUUCAUCUCAGAGAAAAGUACAGACUCCCGAAGAGUGAAAUGGAUGAGAACCAGAUCCAGAUGGCCGGAGACGAUGUGGACCUGCCCGAAGAGCUCCGGAAAAUGGUGGAUGAAGAUCAAAUCGAGGAGGAAGACAAGGAUUCUAUUCUUGGGCAUUUACAGAACCUCCAGAACAUGGACUUGGACACCAUCAAAGAAAAGGCCCAGGCCACCUUCACGGAAAUGAAGCAGACGGCAGGGCAGAAGUGUUCUGUGAUGUGA